AUGGAAGAAUCACCCUUAACAAAGGCGCAUGAUCAUGCGAGAGCUGCUGCGAAUGCAUCAACAACUGUUGCCAUCAACGAACACACUCUUGCUGCAGGCGAGUUCGCCAACGCCGCCCGAUCCACGACAAGCAUCGAAGCUCUGAGGACACUCAAGCUCCUUGAGGAGCACCACCUGCGCCUCUCCGAACUCCUAAAACUCCCCGUGCGCCGUCUCGAGCGAACCGAAUCCGACGAGAAGCAAGCAAACACCGCUACGGAAAUCACCAACGAUGCGACAUCCAAGGGCGAACAGCCAGCAGCGGCGCCACCUGCCAAGACUGGACCUGUCCCUUCUCUUCUUCAGUCCAAGCGAUACCAGGCCGCCAGGCCCAUGACGUCUUCCAUCGCUAGCAACCUGGCCUCGGCCAGGGGCAUCAAGGCUCGCGACAGGGGCCAGCUGGUGCCGCCCAGCGUUAGCAAUGAUCAGGCCCCCGGCAACCUCGAGGUGUCGCCACGCAGCGAAAGAUCCAGAUCCAAGAUGCAGAAUGUGCUCGAUCAAUCUGGCAGGCCUGGCUGGGUUCCCCCUACAGCUGGACCAUCAAGAGCGGAGACGCAUAGGUCGAAGGAACCGGAGGCUGAGGAGCCAGCGGCGGCACCGAGCGAUGAUGGUUAUUCUCGUUUCUACAACACCUUUGGAACUAUCAUGAAUCGCCUUUCUGCUCCCUUGGCUUUCGCUGGACUGCCCCUGAUCGCAGAGGAAUCUGCCCUACAGGAAGUUGCGGAAACCUGGACCCCCGAAGCCUCACCGCCUGUCAAGCGCACAAAGCACAAGUCGCCAGCACCGGCAGCCGAGCCGGAUCUGUCAAAAAUCUAUUCGCGCGCGACCAUGCGCGCCAUAUCUGGCCAGAACCCCAACGAGUCUUUCUACGUGGUCCCUACAAGCGGACACACCAUGUCAUACGCCAACAUUCUCAACUUUGCCGACAAGGAAAAGCGUCGUAUGGACGCCUCCCUCCAUGUCGGAGGCGACAGUGGCCGUUUCGAAGAUGACGAGGACGAUUUCGUGGAUGCUCGAGAUACACCGGUCGCACCCCCCUCGCCCACAAAGCGCCGUGGCCGCGGGACCAUGAGCCACGCCAACGAAGCCCGGUCAUUUGCUUCGGGGUCUCACAAGACGGCAGAGGAGUUGGCCAUGGAAAACAAAAGUCUCAAGGAUCCACCUCAGCUGGCGGCCCUCCCUCUGGGCAAGGGAUCGAAAGAUACGGCCGGUUUAAAGGCGAAGAACAAGGAGCUUGAGGAGCAGAUGGCGUUGACUGUGCAGCGGAUAGAGGCGUUGGAGAAGGAGAACCAGAAAAUGGAGCGCACGCUAGCCAAGUAUCGCGAGAAGUGGGAGAAAUUGAAGGCGGGUGCGAAGGCAAGGCGGGAGGCGCAAGGAAGCGUAGAAAAUGCUGCUGCUGAGGAGGAUCCCAGCGCCAGCGAGGCUAGGGGAUGA